CUCCCUCUCCCUCUCCCUCUCAUACUGCAAAUGUCUAUAGUCCAUGCACAAUCUCCCAAACACUGUGCCAAGCAAGGAUUAAGCAUUAACAAGGUCUACAGGAAGCUAUUCUACUCUUUCUCUACCUUUCUCCUCUCUAUUCUAUCAUUCAUUUUCCUUAUCUGGCUUAUCCUACACCCCACCAAGCCUGAGUUCUCCCUGAAAGAAGCUGACAUCUACCAACUGACCCUCUCAGAUCCUCACCUUCUCAACUCUUCUAUUCAAAUCACCUUACUUUCGAAAAACCCAAAUAAGAAGGUUGGUGUUUACUACGACGUGCUGCAAGUAUAUGCUUCUUACAAGGGUCAACAGAUAACAGUUGAUACUUCUAUUCCUCCUUUCUAUCAAGGGCAUGAAGAUAGCAACCUCCUAACAGCGUCCUUGGUUGGAACGGGGCUACCGGUGGCUGCCUCUUUUGGUUAUGAAGUGGGUCGUGAUCAGACCGCCGGAAAACUUGUCCUGAAUCUUAAGGCAAAUGGCCGGCUUCGAUGGAAGGUGGGCACUUGGGUUUCCGGGAGGUAUAGGUUCAACGUCAAUUGUGUCGCUAUUAUGCCCUUUGGACCUUCCAUACCAUCAGGGCCACUGAGUUUUAAGCAAGGGACUCAGUGUUCUACUAUGGUUUGAAAGACGAUUGAUCAAUGCGUGUAAUUAGCAUGUAAUGAGAUUUUUGUAUCUUUUCUUUUUUCGUUUAGUUUACUGCUAAGAUAAUUUGCUUGAUAGUGCUUAUAAAUUGACAAUGUAUGCUACGACUGAAAGUAAGAUUAUAAUGAUGAUGAAAAUCUUGUUUGUCUUAUCUUCUUCUCUUUUCGAGCACACUUGCUUGAUUUUUCUUUAGAAGUGAGA